CUACCCACGAGAGGAAGAAGGAAGGAGCUCAAAGAGAAGUAAAAGCACAGCAGAAGAAGAGUUCCGCCUACUCUAGCCUUCCGUGGUGUACUCUUUCUCUCUCUCUCUGACGCUCUCUCUUUCUCUCCCUCGCUCUCUUUCCGGAUCCUAAGGAAUGAAUAAGAAACUCUGUCCAAAGUGUGUUUUUUUUGGUCUAAAGGGGGGGUGAGUAGUCACAUUGCAAAGGACUGUACCUUCUUAAUGGGGCAAUAAAAAAUGUAGUUUUCCACUCGCCAUCUCUCCUUUUUUGGGCUGCACACUCCUUUUCUUGUGGGACCCUCCGUGGAGUAGUGUUUCACGUGAGCGCUUGUUUUUACGGUGCCUCUAGCAGACCCUAGCCGAGCUCUCCGGGAGGGGAGGGGGAAGAACGAACACUCACGGCACACACACUCGGACACAGAGAGAAAGUUACUACCUGGGCCGCGGAGGAUUUUCCACUCAGUCAUGUGUGUGUGGGAGUGGUCGUGCAGAUGCUCUGGGGUGAUUGUUGGGUGGUGAGCAAGUAGGCCGGGAGUAGGCCACACCCUCUGCUGACGUCAGCGUUGACUUUCUGAAUGUCCCAAAGAAGUUGCUGCUGCAAGAGCCCAACCCCAGAGUGGCAGUGUACCCCCCGUCACCCAGUGCCCAUGACACAAACGUGGUUGGAGACAGCGCCCUCCCUGAUGGGACCUCGGUCAUAACUUUGGAUUCUUUGCUCUCAGGAAAGAAGAAGCGCGGGAGGGAGUUUGGUUCCUACUCUGGGGAGGUGAAGACAAAUGAGGGAGGAGUGGAGGACAAAGCCGCCCGGCCGCCGGACAUGAACCCUGUGAUCAAUGCUACAACGGGCAGCGCCGACAUGUCCCUUAUCAGUAGCUCACUGGCAGCCUACAACUAUAUAGCAGACCACCCAGAGCGCGCAGCGCUCUACUUUGUGUGCGGCGUGUGCCUGGGCCUCUUCCUCACCCUGUUUGCUCUGGUGGUCCAGAUCUCGUGCCGCACCGACUGCCAGCCUCGCCGCCGCUGCCCCGGCACCACCACCAAGAACCGCCUGCGGCCCACCGACUCCUCAUCGGACUCCAGCGACUCAGACUCAGACUGGGAAACCACGUCGGAUCUGUCCGCCCGCCGCCACCGCCGCUUCGAGCGCACGCUCAACAUGAGCGUGUUCACGUCUGCGGAAGAGCUGGAACGGGCACAGCGGCUGGAGGAGAGGGAGAGGAUCAUACGAGAGAUCUGGAUGAACGGUCAACCUGACAUACCCGGGACGCGUAGCCUCAACCGCUAUUAUUGAGGCAAGAACGUAAAUGAACCACUACUAGAUCUAGAUGAACCCGGGACGCGGAGCCUCAACCUCUAUUAUUGAGGACCGUAAAUUAACCGCUACUAGAUCUAGAAAGGGGGCUGUGAAGGUUGGAGUGCAGUACUUGAGAUGGGAUGUGUAGGACCACAAAUGCACCACUAGGGUUUGGGGAUGGGGGGGAAGGGACCCCACCACCGGACCUGAUUUUCGGAGGUGUGCAUGAUCACAAUAGGACCCCUUUGGACUGUGGGGGUUUGGGAACCGCACGAUGGAAGACAGUGACGCUUGCAGACCAGGAAGGAAAAAUAUCCCCCUCUGUCUGUCUGUCAGUCUGUGUCCGUGUGGGCACUGUAAAGCAAAAAAACUGUUAAUGCAGUGAGAAUAAGCUCCUACUUCUCAGCAUGGUAAGCUUGACCCGGAGCCUGCCUCUCAUUGGUGGAGGCUGAAGGUGAAAGGUCAGCUAACUGCACUGCCUCACAUUUUACCUCAUCGCACCCUCCUGAAGUGGAGGAUCUUGAGAUACUGAGACUGUGAAGCCUGAAAGGUCAAAGGUGACUUAAGGACAGUUGCCAAUGUUACUCCAGUGUUGCCUAGUGGAAAUUGAGAAUUGGGCAAAUCUGAAAGCGUGCAGCUUGCUUUAUGCUCACUCACCCUCCAGUAUUCAAAUGGUCGAAUGGCUUUAGGAGAGGCAUAACACUUACAGUUAUAAGGACAUCAAGACACUCAAAGUGAAACGGACAGCGUUACACAAAGUGAAACUUACAGCGUAACACUUACAGUAAAAUUGGACAGUGGGACAGUUGACCAACAACGUUACAAUCUUUAAGAGGAAAAUGACCAUGGUCAACCAACGCUGUGUUUUGAACUUUGAACCCAAAAUGUGUUUUUUUUAAUUCUUCUCAACAUUUUAUGAAAUCUAUUUUAUAUAAUAUUUAAUAGUUGUACUGUUGUGUAUUUUUUUCUUUACGGUCAUUAUUAUGAGAUAUUUUUAUACUGCGGUUAUCAAAACUUGUCUGGCACCUCAGGGAUGCAAUCCUAGGGGAGUCCAAAAUGGCACCCUAUUUCUUUUAUAGUGCUCUACUUUUGGCUAGAACCUUAUAAGGGUCUGGCAAAUCUCUGGCUAAAAUUAGUGCACAACAUAGGGAAUAGGGUGCAGUUUUGGAUGUAGCCCCUAUUGUUUCUGUGUAUGGUAGUUUCUAUUUGCUUCUUAAGAAGAGGAUUGGGGCCCGAAUUCAUUAAGCUUCUCAUUGUAGGAGUGCUGAUCUAGGAUCAGGUCCCCCAUGUCCAUGUCAUCUGAUUCAUUAUAUUAAAGGCAAAACUGAUCCUAGAUCAGCAGCAGCACCUAUACAAUACUCCAGAUGUGUCAGCAUUUGAGCAUUGGGCCAGUAACCGAAAGGUUGCUGUAUCGAAUCCCCGAGCUGACAAGGUAAAAAUCUGUCGUUCUGCCCCUGAGCAAGGAAGUUAACCCACUGUU